AUGGCAGUUGAACCGCACUCCAGCUCGCCAAUUCCUGUGGAACAGCUCUCCAAGAUCGCCGCAGAGGCAUGCGAUUCCACAUUGGAGGGCGUCGAGCAGUAUGAGCACGAAAAGGUCUCCGAAUGGAGCGCACAGAUAAUAAACCAAGUCCUUCGAUCACUCAUAUCGGCCAUAUCCUCAGAGGAGGCAGACAAGGAAGACGAUAGCAAACUCGACCCUUCCAAACCCACAUACCGAUUCAACGUCACCUGCACAAUCAUGCAACAAGGCUUUUCAAGCAAGGAGGGCUCUACCAAUGUUGAAUCUGCGGGUCGAAGAGGCAUGCACUGUGCGUCGGGCGCGUACUGGGAUACAAAGCACGACGGCAUGUGGACGUAUAAACAUCCUGCGUGCGAAGAGAAGGGGAUGGACCUGGUGUUGAACAUUGUCUGGUUUGGCUCUUUGAGAUGA